UUCUUCUCAAAGUACUAGUUCCUUCCUUUUGCUUUCUUCAACAAUCCAAGGUAUAUAAAGAGAGUCCACCCAAUUAUAACACACAGAAUAUCAAAGUAUUAAAUUCCAACUCUUACAAGCUUUUACCAAUCUUUCACAACUCUUGUUCAAGGCGAAACAGCUUAUAGGAUGAAGAGCAAAAUCUUGAAGGCACUACCAAAAGCAGUUGCAGCAGUCACCGUGACAUUUCAAAACCAUCCAUUCAGCCCAGGCAGGGAUCACAAAUCAAAGCCUAUCGUAUCUAUGAUUCCCCAUGAAGCUAGAAGAAAAACCCACGAUAGAGGCAAUAACGGCAUUGAUGAAAUUUAUUCCCAAGAACCCACUUCACCAAAAAUCUCCUGCAUGGGACAGAUCAAGCACAAGAAGAAACAAAUCAAAAAAUCAAAGUCAAAGAGCAAGUCCAUGACAAAAGAAGCGAGGAACGUUGCUAGCAAAAAAACAUCCUCAGCUUCCAGAGACAUAGAGGUAAAAAAGCACGUUUCCACGUUUCACAAGAUGUUAUUAUUCCAUGGGGCAAAGCCAAAAUCUGAGGGAAGGAAAUCCAACGCUUCUGCGCCUGGAGAUAUUAACAAGGAUCUUGCUCUUGCGGACGCAGCACGCGCACCGCGCGUGAGUCAGAUGAGAAGGUUUUCUAGUGGACGUGACGCUCUUGCUGAAUUUGAUUGGAAGGUGUCGCCAGAUGAAGAGGAAAUUGAUUACUAUUCGGAUGAAUACAGAGUGGAUAGUGAUGGCGAAGAAGAGGAAGAGAUUAUUAUCCCUUUCUCUGCACCCCUUUUGGUUGGUGGUGGAGUUGGUCAUACUCGUGGGGGUGUGCUUAAUUUGAAGCCACGAAAAGAAAUUAACCUGUGGAAGAGAAGAACCAUGGCUCCACCCAGGCCUCUUCAAUUGGACAGAGCAAACUGAUUAUUUGUUCAUUACAAAAAUGAAGAUUAAUUUGAUUUUUCGAUUUUUUUUAAUGGCUAUGUUUUGGUUCUGAAACAUUUUCUGUGCAGAACUGCUGAUAGAUUUAAUUAGGUACAGCAAAAAAAUGGUGUUGGCAACAUGUUGUGAUAGGCAAGUAUCAUAUUGUGAAUGAAUAUAUAGCAUCAAAAUUACGAUCUGUAUCCUAGUCUAAUCAAAAGUUAAGAUACAAAUGCCAUUCGUCAAAAUUACUUCCAUGAGCUUUAAGUAUAAGGGACCGACUGACUAUACUUUUAUUUGGAUUUUUAAGAGAGGUCAUUCUCUGCAUUGGCCAAUGAAUUUUAUCCAUGUUACCAAGUACCAACCUUGUUUGGAAGCGAAGAAAAGAUUUCAUAUUCUCCAAUUGUUGGCUGCCCAAUUCAGCUCUGAUAAGACAAAACGAUUAAUUCCUUCGGGGCAUCACUGACAUGCAUCAUAUGGGGAAGACAUGUCUAGGCUUUUUAAUAUGAAGGAUAACUUAACCCUAAUCUCUUGGUCCCCUCCCCUUUUGGAUGGGUUAAACUGGAUACAGAAUAGGGCUUACUCUUCAACGGGAUCAAGGGCUGCUUCUGGUGGAAUAUCAUUAGAUUAUAUAAAUGUUUUGUAUAUUCUGCUUUAGGAUCUUGUUCAGUUGUGCUGUUUGAAUUUAGAAGAAUAUUGGUGGGAACAGAUUCUCCUGUGGUGGCUCAAUUGCUCACCCAUUUA